UAAUUAUCUAUGUACUACUCUGUAGUCCGUAUGUUAAGUUUGGGCAAAUCCAGGUUUUGAGAUAAACCAAAAAAGAAAAAGAUAAACACAAAAAAAUGAUACACCUGCCAAAGUAGCAAACUUACACCGUACAGAAAGUUAUCAAGCCCAUUACAAAAUAGAUAAUUGUAUGGUUGGGUUGUCUACAAAAUAGCCCAAAAUUGCACCAGUCCAUAGAUAUAGAUAAUUUAUGGUUAGGGUUAGUAGUUUGCAACUUUUGGCUUCCACCGGACCAGCGCCUCCAUCUUCUUCAGCGUUGCUUUUCUUUCGAUCAAGUAUGGAAAUUAUUACUUCCAUUUUAUUGGCAUCUGAAUAUUCAAAAGUAGCAAUGGAAAAUGGAUGAUCCAAUUUCGUAACCUAAAUAAUGGAGAAGACAUUGUCCAUUAGGGAGGACAAAGAACUAAGGAGUACAAUUGAUCACAUGCACGAAUGAUGUUACGCUGCUUACACACUUUUAACAACAUAUGCUAAUUAAAAAAUCAGUAUGCUUGAAGUACGUAAUAAAAUAGUCGUUACAGAUUGUAUGUACUCUUUGAGCCGCGUAAAUCAGAUUGUAUGCUAUAAUGGUGGCCGCCCACUUUAUGAUUAGUGGGGCCUUCUAUUUCAUUUGCUGGAAAGGGACAUUUUUCAAAAGAAAGGGAAUCAAAUUGGACCACGUACUUUGGUUUCCUUUUCCGAUUGCUGCUUUUGUUUCAAGUGCCACCAACAUGUGUGUGCGACUUGUUUUUUGCUCUGCGAACAUCUCACAAGAUAAACGGUGGUCCAGUUCCCAUUCAAAGCCUCAUAGGAAAAUUCAUGUGCGAGUGCCACUUUAUGAAACUGGAGUCGCAUAUUGUGCUUCAUCACUAUUCACUACGUUGUGACAAGUGAGUGUGUUACAAAUAGAUCUUGAACUUUUCAGGUAUUUUUGGAUCUGAUAUGAACUGGUUGGGUGCGUUUAAGUAAAAUCUUGUAGGAAUUGGUCUAUAUAAAUUUGGUCUGAAGUAAAUUGUUUUGUUGUGUUUAACUGAUCAAGCUAAGUCAUAGGAAUUGGUUUGUUUAAAUUUGGUUUGGUCUAGUAUUGUUUUAUAAUAAAUA